AUGGCCUUCCGAGCAUCUCUGCGGUUCGCCACCAAGACGCUCCCCGCUGGCGGUCGCGCGAGGUUCCUGUCGCAAGCGGCGGCUGUGCCGACGUCGAGUAGCAGCACGGCGGGCGCCCCCAGCGCGGCACAGAUCCGUCGCGACGCCAGCAUACCGAACCCCGAUCCGCCCGCCGGCUCGGCCAGCGCCGCCUUCAUCCGCGAGCAUGCCCCCUUCAUGGUGACCACGUACUCGCGGCCCGCGCCCGUCUUCGUGCGCGGAGAGGGCUCGUACCUGUGGGACCUCGAGAACCGCAAGUACCUGGACCUGACAGCCGGCAUUGCCGUCAACUCGCUCGGCCACUGCGACCCGGAGUUCGCCGAGCUCAUCGCCCAGCAGGCCAAGACGCUCGUCCACGCUUCCAACCUGUACUACAAUCCCUGGACCGGCGCCCUGUCCAAGCUGCUGGUCGAGAAGACGGUCGAGUCGGGCGCCAUGCACGACGCCGCCGCCGUCUUCGUGUGCAACUCGGGCUCCGAGGCCAACGAGGCCGGCAUCAAGUUCAUGCGCAAGGUCGGCAAGGUCCUCGACUCCUCGGGCGCCAAGCACGAGGUCGUCUCCUUCGCCAACGCCUUCCACGGCCGCACCAUGGGCAGCCUGUCGGCCACCCCCAACCCAAAGUACCAGGCCCCCUUCGCCCCCAUGGUGCCCGGCUUCCGCGUCGGCACGUACAACGACGUGGCCGGUAUCGACGCCCUCGUGACGGGCCGUACGUGCGGCGUCAUUGUCGAGCCCAUCCAGGGCGAGGGCGGCGUGCAGGUCGGCUCCGACGCCUUCCUGGUGGCGCUGGCGCGCCGCUGCCGCGAGGUCGACGCCGUGCUGCAGUACGACGAGAUCCAGUGCGGCCUGUCGCGCACCGGCGACCUGUGGGCGCACGGCCGGCUGCCGCGCGAGGCGCACCCGGACAUCCUCACGACGGCCAAGGCGCUUGGCAACGGCUUCCCCAUCGGCGCCACCAUCGUCAACGCGCGCGUCGCCGACAAGAUCAAGGUCGGCGACCACGGCACCACGUUCGGCGGCAACCCGCUCGCCUGCCGCCUGGCCCACUACAUCGUGUCGCGUCUGGCCGACCCAGCGCUGCAGGCCGCCGUCGUCGCCAAGGGCCAGCUGUUCGAGCGCGGCUUCGCCCGCCUGCAGCAGAGGUUCCCCGACCUCAUCGCCGAGGUCCGCGGCCGCGGCCUCAUCCUCGGCCUGCAGCUCACCCAGGACCCCGCCCCUAUUGUCGCCGCCGCCCGCGAACGCGGCAUGCUCAUCAUCAUCGCCGGCACCAACACCCUGCGCUUCGUCCCCAGCCUGACCAUCUCGGACCGCGAGAUCGAGGAGGGCCUAGUCAUUCUCGAGGAGGCCAUCGAGGCGACAAUCGCGGCGGCGGCAUGA